GAUUGAUUCUAAAUAUCUUCUGAGAAUGGCAUGGCUUAUUUGUUUCUGUGUAUUCGCAGCAGUAAUCUUAGUGUCUCUGUAUCUGAGGAAGAUGACACUGAUGUGUGUGCGUGGGCUUCUAAUUGAUGAUAGGAGUCCUCCAAGACUCCCAUCUCUUCCAAUUAUUGGGAGCCUUCUCAGUCUUAGGAGUGACAGUCCUCCACAUAUUUUCUUUCAGCAGCUGCAGAAGAAAUAUGGAGCUAUUUAUUGUCUUACAAUGGGUUCCCAUAAAGUACUGAUUAUUAACAGUCAUCACCAUGCAAAAGAGGUGCUGCUUAAGAAGGGGAAAAUAUUUGCAGGGAGACCACGUACUGUUACUACAGACAUUUUAACACGAGAUGGCAAAGACAUCGCAUUCGCUGACUAUAGUGUCACAUGGAGAUUUCAUCGAAAAAUUGUGCACGGGGCCCUUUACAUGUUUGGAGAGGGAACUGCAUCAAUCGAGAAAAUAAUUUGUGAAGAAGCAAGGUCUAUGUGUGAAGUCUUGGCUAAUUUGCAAAGCUCACCAAUAGACCUAGCUCCAGAACUGACCCGUGCUGUCACGAAUGUGGUGUGUGCUCUUUGUUUUAACUCCUCAUACAAACGUGGAGAUCCUGAGUUUGAAGCCAUGCUCAAAUACAGCCAAGGCAUUGUGGAUACAGUUGCCAAGGACAGUUUGGUGGACAUCUUUCCAUGGCUACAGUGGUUUCCAAAUGAAGACCUCAAAAUCCUCAAGCGAUGUGUUGCUAUCAGAGACAAGCUACUUCAAAAGAAAUAUGAGGAGCACAAGGCAGACUACAGUGAUAAUGUCCAGCGUGAUCUGCUGGAUGCUCUUUUGAGUGCCAAGCACAGCUCUGAGAAUAACAACACCAGCACUCAGGACAUUGGUCUUACUGAUGAUCACCUACUGAUGACUGUAGGAGAUAUUUUCGGAGCAGGAGUGGAGACUACCACCACUGUAUUAAAGUGGUCCAUAGUUUACCUGAUACAUCAUCCAAAGGUUCAGAAAAAGAUUCAGGAGGAGCUGGACACUAAGAUUGGGAGAGAUAGGCACCCCCAGCUCAGUGACAGAGGAAAUCUGCCCUACCUUGAGGCCACCAUCAGAGAGGUGCUACGUAUCCGGCCUGUCUCUCCACUUCUCAUCCCUCAUGUAGCUCUCUCAGACUCGAGUAUAGGGGAGUAUGCUGUACAGAAAGGAACUCGAGUCAUCGUCAAUCUGUGGUCUUUGCAUCAUGAUGAAAAAGAAUGGAAAAACCCAGAACUGUUUGAUCCAGAGAGGUUCCUGGAUGAGAAGGGUAAUACACUGUGCUACCCAUCGGUAAGCUAUCUGCCAUUUGGUGCUGGAGUGCGUGUAUGUCUGGGUGAAGCUCUGGCCAAGAUGGAGCUCUUCCUCUUCUUAUCAUGGAUUUUGCAAAGGUUCACUCUGGAGGUGCCUGAUGGUCAGCCUCUGCCAGGGCUGCAUGGCAAGUUCGGAGUUGUUCUUCAGCCACAGAGGUUUAAAGUCAAUGCCAGGCUUAGGAUAGGGUGGGAAAAAAACCUACAGUGCAGUGAGGUUGAGUCAGGCUGAAAUUAAAUCAUGCCUAAGCUCAAUAGGCAAACACAAUGUCUUACGUUUGUAAUUUCAGAGAUGAAGUGUAUAAAGUGUAAGGCAAAGAAAAAUCACAUUGCUGUAAUUAACACAUCGAACACACAUUGUUUCUAAUGUGAUCCUGGUACACACAAACUAGUGUCAAUCGCUCACCUUGUGGAGAAUGUUGAACCUGCUAACUACUGAGUAUGUAUGUAAGUUAUAAGCUGGGUUCAAGAGGUGCUUCAGAUCUUGUUGACCUCCUUUUUUCUACACACAUUGUCUAUUUUAUCA